AUGGUGCGGAGAGAAUAUGGAACAGAGGUUGAUAAUCAGAAGCGACGGCAAUCUCGCGACACUCAACCUCACCGAAGACCGCGUACUGUGAAUCCACCAACAAUUAUGCGGUACCACGCCUCGAUUCAUAGAUUCAGUGUCCAGCAUGAUCCCAAUAGUAUGGGGCGGUUCAUCGUUCAGCAUGAUAUGUCUAGUCGAUCUAUGUCGGGUAUGAAUACCAGAAACACGCGAUCAAAGUUGGCAGCUCCUUGUUCGCUCGCUUCUAGCGUGAACGAUCUCACUCCGGACGGAUCGGUCGUUCGGAACACUCCGUACAUCUUCACAUCUGGCAACGUUAAGCGGGCGGGAUUCAAAGUUGAACGUAUUGGCAAUCUUCUUUUCUCGUAUCAAGAAACCGGGCGAUUUGAAUCGCCUGCGUACAUACCCUCGUUGCUACGGCUUCUCGAGACCUGCAGAGAGGGUUGUUUUGUUUUACGAGGGAAACCAUUGGACCGACUUCGGAGGUCUAUUGUGACCGACCUCAAGUUUCUGGCGUAUCCAGAUGCUUUCGGCGACGAGUCGUCCGGCAACAAUGCUACGGGCGCCUGGGCCGAUGACCUACGAACCGUGUUCCUUGUUGCUCCUCGGUCAUGCAUUCGGUUGGCCAGUUUCAUACACGAGCAUCAUGGCGUGAACAGCCGCGAUAUUGUGUGGGGUAAAACUACAGCUCUAUUGGAUUACCUGCGUCGCAGGGCCGACCCCAUAUGGAUAUCGGGUGCAGAGGCUGCAGUAAAGUGCAGCGACCAUGAGGCAAUUUACAUUAGGCCUUUGAUCACGGAGUUGCGGUCUUUACCACUGCCAGAAUUUGGGAAGGAUUUCGUUGCCGCGAACAUUCGAACAUCAUUUCCCCUGCUUCCACGUUCCGUACUUGUCGUCAUCAAAUGCGCGACCCAGAUACGAGGUUCGAAUGCAAUCAUCCCGUUUUUGGUCCGCUAUUGCAACGCCCAAAAGAUGAUUGAGGAGGUUCUAUCUGCUUCCAAUCUUGGUAGCCGUUGUUGGUCCACCUUUACUCCUCCUAUUGAUGCGACUAGGCAAAGGCCACUCGGUCGAGACAUUGUUCAAGCGCCUAUGCGCCAUCUUGUUUGUACAAUUGCUAGUGAAGCUCGGGGGAUCCCGAGCUUCUCCCAUUUCCGUAACCUUGUCUUGGCACAACUUUCGCUCGCGGACCUGGUUUCCUUUCGCGGUGCCCGUGACGAAGCAAGUAGGAACCAAAGGUCUUCUUGCUCUUAUCACGACGAACGGGUUCCAAAGAUGCCCGCCAAGACCAUCGUCAAGUCGGGUAUACAUGUCCUCGCGAAUGAAACUUCUUUACGGGGGACCGGUCUUCGUUUUGGCUGCCGCCUGCUAACCAAGAUCCAUCCGAAGAGGCAGUUCAUUCUCAAUGUUUCGUUUCGUCGUGCCGUCACCUCCGCCCGAGAACCAUCAACGGCAUCGUGA